AUGGAAGGUGGCAAUGUAACCACAGUGAGUGAGUUUGUACUUUGGGGGAUUUCAGAAGACCCUGAGCAGCAGAAACUCCUGUUUGGUCUCUUCUUAUUCAUGUAUACUGUAACCUUGGUCGGCAAUCUGAGCCUCAUCUUUCUCAUCAGAAUCUACCCCAAGAUCCACACUCCCAUGUACUUCUUUCUUAGCCACCUUUCCUUCCUUGAUUCCUGCUACUCUUCAGUCACAGCUCCCAAGAUGCUGGAGGAUUUGCUGUCAGAGAACAAAGUUAUCUCUUGGUCUGGAUGCAUGACACAGUUGGGCUUGUUCAUUGUCUUGGCCACAGCAGAACUUUACCUGUUGGCGUCUAUGGCUUAUGACCGCUAUGUUGCCAUCUGUAAACCACUGCUUUACCCUGUACUCAUGUCCUCUAGGGCCUGUACUUCCUUUGUGGUUGCUUGCUAUACUGCUGGGAUCAUCAAUUCUCUGACGGUUACGAGCUCCAUCUCGCAACUCUCCUUCUGCAGGGCCAACACGGUCAAAAGCUUCUUCUGUGACAUCCGCCCGCUUCUGGCUCUGUCCUGCUCUGACACCCAGAUCAGUAAUAUCCUGGUCUUUGCCUUUGGUGCCUUUAUCCAGAUGAGCUCACUACUUGUGAUUGUGGUCUCCUACAUUUUCAUCAUCACUGCUAUUAUGAGAAUCCGUCUAGCUGAGGGCAAACGUAAAGCUUUUUCCACCUGUGCCUCCCAUAUGGCUACUGUUAGUCUGUUCUAUGGGACACUUAUAUUCAUAUAUUUACGGCCCACUUCCAACUCUGCUCCAAAUCAGGACCAAGUGGUCUCCAUCUUUUACACAAUGGUCAUACCCAUGAUGAAUCCUAUUAUCUAUAGUCUGAGGAACCAGGAAGUCAAACAGGCACUGAAGAAGAUCCUAUAUAAGAUCCUAUAA